CAGGACCAUGGGAAGAGGACUUCCCAAUGGAUUGAGAGCUGACUUUGAAUACUUUCUAAAGCCAAAGUGGAGCUGAAAUAAAACAGUGUUUAUUUUUAAGCGACGUAGAGCUUUUAGCGGCGUUUUUUUCGCGCGUUUGUUGCGCAGUUUUUGCCGAAAAUACGUAGUUGUAACGCUUUUGUGUUUCUUUUCUGAGUAAUUUCCUGUCGGUGCCUGGGAAAGAAGAUAGGGGGAAAGUUUCCUCUGUCUCGUUUGGUCUUCAACACAGUCCAAAGUACAGGGGAAUUGAAGUGGGGUGUUUUUAAGAAAGCCUGGCUGCUUCUUUUGAAGUCAUUUUGGAUAAAAAUGGGAUUACUGCAGCCACCUCCCGUGGAAAAGACAACACAGUGAAUUGGUCCCACGCUAUGAGCAACAAAGGGAACCGCUCAACAACUGGACAAGUUAUUUACCAAGCAGCGAGCAUACGCAGCGUUUAAAACAGUGGAGUGUUGCAACUGAAGGGAAUAAUCACCAAACCAGCAUGGAAAGGGAAUUAUAAACGAGUGGUUUCCAAACAAAGGAGUCCCAUUUCUGUCUGACCGAGCUGGGGCAAAGCCUUGCGAGAAAUGGAGGAGGAAGGCUCACUUGAGCCAAACAAGAUGCUGGAAAAUAUCUCCAACCGGGUCUGGAUUUAGGAUAUCUAUCUGAGUAGAGCUCCCAAGCUAGCAGCCCGUGUUUAGUAUCAAAACAUUAAUUUCUCUGCCAAUGCUGCAGCGGUUCCGUGGUCGUGUGUGAAAAUGAGGGUGGAUCUGUUGCAGUUGUUUGUGGUUUUGCUGCUCUGUGGCGGCGCUGGCUCGGCGGUAUCAUCUGAUUGCAAUGAACGCUCGAAAAGCGGUGGGAAAAGCCCGCAGUCCGACAGGAAGGUGGUGUGCAGCAACAUGGAGCUCCAUCAGGUGUUACCCCCAGACUCCAUCCCUAACAGGACGGUCACACUGAUUUUGAACAACAAUAAGAUUCAAGAACUCAGAAAUGGAUCCUUCUUUGGCUUAUCAGCUUUGGAAAAAUUGGACCUGCGGAGUAACAUGAUCAGUCGAAUUGAACCAGAUGCUUUCCUCGGAUUGCCAGCACUCAAAAGACUAGACUUGUCCAACAACAGCAUCGGCUGCCUUAAUGUCGACAUAUUUAAGGGCCUCACAAGUCUGACUAGACUAAACCUUUCAGGAAACAUGUUCUCUUCUCUGGCUCAGGGGACCUUUGACAGCUUGGUGUCACUGAAGUCUUUGGAGUUUCAGACGCCUUACCUGCUGUGUGACUGCAACCUCCUGUGGCUUCUGCGUUGGAUCAAAGAGAGGAACAUCACUGUGAAAAACACCAAGUGCUCCUACCCACAGUCUCUCCAGGGGCAGUUCAUUACCUCCCUCAGACCGGAGCUCCUCACCUGCGAUGCUCCCCUGGAGCUGCCCUCCUUCCAGCUGACUCCGUCCCAUCGUCAGGUGGUCUUCCAGGGGGACAGCCUGCCCUUCCAGUGUCAGGCUUCCUUUGUAGCGGAGGACAUGCAGGUGCUGUGGUACCAGAAUGGUCGAAUGGUCAAGACUGACGCCGCACAGGGCAUCUUCAUCGAGAAACGAAUGGUGCAGAACUGCUCUCUGAUUGCAAGUGCGUUGACCAUCUCAAACAUUCAGCCUGGUUUCACUGGGAACUGGGAGUGCAGAGUCUGGACAAGCAGAGGCAACACUACCAGGACUGUCCAUAUUGUGGUGCUGGAGAGUUCUGCUAAGUAUUGUGCUCCUGAACGUGUCUCUAACAACAAAGGAGAGUUCAAGUGGCCUCGUACCCUGGCAGGGAUCAGAGCCUAUCUCCCUUGCAACAGGCUGACAUCCAGCGCAGGCUCCUACUCGAGCAGCUCAGGUGAUGAGCAACGGGCAUGGCGUUACUGUGACCGCAACGGUCUGUGGGCGGAGGAGGAUUACUCCCGCUGCCAGUUCCAGAAAGACGUCACAAGAUUUUUAUACGUCAUUAACCAGAUGCCUCUGAACGAGAGCAAUGUGGUUGCUCGGGCUCGACGUCUGUUGGUCUGCACGAUUGACGCUGCCAACUUCUCUGACAAGAUGGACAUCAUCUUCGUGGCUGAGAUGAUCGAGAAGAUUGGGAAGUUUGUGGAGAAGUUCAAAGAUCUGGGUGAAGUGAUGGUGAGCAUGGCCAGUAACUUGAUGCUGGCUGAUGAGCGCGUGCUCUGGAUGGCUCAGCGUGAAGCCAUGGCCUGCUCCCGUAUUGUCACCUGCCUUCAGAAGAUAGCGGGCUACCGUCUGGCCACCGCUCAGGCCUUCUUCUUGACUUCCCCCAACAUUGCACUUGAGGCUCACGCUGUCAGAGCCAAUGACUGGAACGGCAUGACCUGCAUGUUGUUCCAGAGGCCAAGCCCCGAGCGCACGCCCGGACAGGAUCGCCAACUCACCUUCAAAUGCAACACAACCAGCUCCUUUUCCAGCAUCCUGCACAAAAGCACGGUAGUAGAGGCUUCCCUGCAGCUUCCUCAGUCUCUUUUUACUCAGGCUGCAGUCUCUGGGCAGGCAGACGACACGGUCUACAAGCUCCAUCUACUGGGCUUCCGUAAUGGCAAGUUUUUCCCCUCCACUGGCAACUCCUCCCAGCUGGCUGAUGGAGGGAAGAGGAGGAGUGUGGCCACUCCUGUCAUCAUGGCCAAGAUAGAGGGCAUGUCCCUUCGUGUCCUGAAGACACCUGUUAACAUCACCUUGCGGCGCUUUGCCCGUGGCUCUGAUGCCAUAUCUGCCUCCUGGAACUUCAGCCUGGUGGGCGGCCACGGAGGCUGGCAGAGUGAUGGCUGCCGCAUCUUGGACCACCAUGACAACUUCACCACCAUAUCCUGCAACUCUCUUGGCAACUAUGGCCUGCUUAUGGACCUCAGCAGUGUGGAGUAUUUUUCUCCAAGCAUACAGCCCCUUCACCCAGUCAUCUAUGCCACGGCUAUUAUUCUACUGCUGUGUCUGCUCACUGUGAUUAUCAGUUACAUCUGCCAUCACAGGUCUGUACGUGUGAGCCGCAAAUUUUGGCACAUGUUGGUCAACCUCUGCUUCCACAUCUCCCUCACCUGUGGUGUCUUUGUGGGUGGCAUAAAUCAGACAAGACAUGCAAGCGUCUGCCAAGCAGUGGGCAUCCUGCUGCACUAUUCCACUCUGGCUACGGCCCUGUGGGUGGGCGUGACCGCACGCAACAUUUACAAACAGGUGACACGAAAAGCCAAGUGCUAUGAGGAGCUGGAUGAACCUCCGCCUCCACCAAGGCCGAUGCUGAGGUUCUACUUAAUCGGCGGAGGGAUACCUAUCAUUGUGUGCGGGAUCACUGCAGCAGCUAACAUCAAAAACUACGGCAGCAGGACCAGUGCACCAUACUGCUGGAUGGCCUGGGAGCCCAGUAUCGGAGCUUUUUACGGCCCAGUUGGAUUCAUCAUCUUUGUGGACUGCAUGUACUUCCUCAGCAUCCUGCUCCAGCUUCGUCGCCACCCUGAACGACGCUAUGAGCUGAAAGAGCCGACAGAGGAGCAGCAGCACCUCGCUUCAGCCCACUCAGAACCUUUACCUGACUCCCAUCCCCUCACUCUCCACCUCCAGCCUCAUGAUGCCGCCUCCUCCAUCGUGUCUGCUCCCCACACCGUGCCUCUGUCCGCCCUGGAGAAUGAGCACACCUUUGCUGCUCAGCUGAUUGGUGCAGCAGGGGCUUUGGGCUUGUACGCCGCCCUGUGGGUGUUCGGGGCCAUGGCUGUAUCCCAGGACCACCCGUUUGAUUUAGCCUUCACCUGUCUGUUUGGGGUAGCGGCGCUGGCUUUGGGGGCGUUCAUGGUGGCUCAUCACUGUGUGAACAGGCAGGAUAUGAAACGUUUUUGGUCCCAGGCUUGUUGUUCAGGCAGACGGGCGUACUCGGCACAGGAGGAUGUGCUUCUUCCACAGCCUGGCGUGGUGGUGACAUCUGCUGGAGGAUCAGCAGACAAGCCUGAUGGUGAGUCGACAAAGUGCGGCCUCAGCAGUGCGGACUCUUCCUACACGAAUAAGAGUGCACCAAGCAUGCGCAACUCCGCCCAUGGCAGCAAACUGACUAAUCUGCACGCAGAGGCGGCACAGUGUAAGCCUGCCUCAGCACCUGUUACAGCGAAUGGCUCCGCCAUUCUAGACAACAGCCUGACUGAACAUUCAGUAGACACUGAAAUCAAAAUGCACGUAGCGCCGGUUGAGGUUCAGUUCCGCCCGAUGAGCAACAUCACCAAUCCUUCAGCCUCAACAAACGGACACACAAGCAGGCAUCACAAAAACAGAGCACGAGCGCACAGAGCGAGCCGCCUUACAGUGCUGCGAGAGUACGCCUACGACGUUCCUACAAGCGUGGAGGGAAGCGUGCAGAGUGCCCCUCAAAGGCGGCAUCAUCACUACGACAUCGCCGCAAGGAACAGCCGGCGAGCGGCCUACAUGGCCUACAGGGAGCGGCAUCAGAGCCAGAUGCAGCAGGACAGCAGCGACAGCGCCAGCCUGCCGCGCCGCUCCCGAUACGCAGAUAAAGGAGGCGGAAGCAGAGGCAGCACCCUGGGGAAUGGGUCAGUGGUGACAGUAGAGACAGAGCAAGAGGUGUCGGCUGCAGCAUCCAGCUCGAGUAAAGAGCCUGCUCCUGUAAAGCAGCCUGGAAGCACAGAACUUGAAAGUCAACCCAAGUCUUACGGGCUCAAUUUGGUAUCUCAGAAUGGUGGCACGCUUAAAGAAAACGGACAGACUGUGCCUUUAAUCAGCACUGAGAACACAGCGAGCAUAAAGACCGGCCUGUGGAAACAUGAAACUACUGUGUAGCGACAGUUUCCGUCCCAAAGACUGCACCUGCUUUUAAACUGUGAAGUAAAUUUUUUUGUUUUGAGUGUACAAUUUCAGUACCAUAAAACCCUUACUGCCACUGAACUGUCUUUGUAGAUUUCUCUGUAAAUGGUCUAUUUUUAUAACUUUUAAUCCAAACCUUUUUAUUCCAUUUAUCUGUACAAAAACUGCAUGGACUGAGCUGUGGCCCUGUGAAUACAAACCCUAACCCUGUGGGGUGUUUUUUCCAUUUUCUAGUUUGUCCUGACAAUAAUAAAACAAAA